AUGAAGGCAAAGACGAGUCACGAGUCGCCGCCGCCUCUUGGAGCUCGCGCGCGCUGCAUCCCCCAAGGCUUCGGCCACGUGGGACGGGCCCUGCGCUUCACCUCCCGGCAGCUCUCGCCGGCGGAGCACGCCUGCGCCAGCCCGGGCAAGACGCCGUCCGCCACCUUCACGCUGUACCUGAGGGCAGCGGAGGCGGAGGUCCAGGGGCUGCAGGGCUCCUGGGAAUGCUUCGACGGGUUCCAGGGCACCAUGCAGGCCCUGACCUGGGUAGGCAGCUGCAUCAAUUUCGAGUUUCACAGCGACGAGGACAAUGAGGGCAGGGAGAACGAGGUGUCGGGCUCUUGCCGCAUCGUCUUUGCGGAGGCGAACAACCACGACUUGAACCUCACCUUCCGGACAGCUCCGGAUGCCAGCCAAAGCAAGGAGGGCCACUUGGAGCUGUUUGUUGGCUCCCUGGGGCAAGGCCAGCCCUGCUAUUGGCAGCGCGGGAACCAGGACAGGCAUGGGCUCCCGCCCUUGGUGCUGGUUUUGACCAUGGACACCUUCUUCGGCAGCGGCCCUUCUCCUCCCCCCGCGGGAAUUCCCGAGGGCCUGCCCAGCCUCGAGGAAGCGGCGAGAGCGGACUCGACGGGCUAA